CACAGAUAUAAAAUAAAUUCAAAACGUUUAGAAAAUUUACAAUUUUAUUAGAUUGUGUUGGGUAUAUUGUGACAUAAUGUUCAAGUGUAUAAUAUAUCUGUCCGCUAUAUUAGUUGUAACUGUCGUAUGUUCGGAAAACGAUGAAGAUUGGUGGAAAACGGCAACUUUUUACCAGAUUUACCCGAAAUCAUUUAAAGAUAGUGAUGGGGAUGGAAUAGGAGAUCUAAAAGGUAUUAUCGAGAAAUUAGACUACCUACAAGAUCUUGGAGUAACGGGAGUAUGGCUUUCCCCCAUAUACAAAUCACCACUGGUGGACGAAGGAUACGACAUUAGUGAUUUUAGAGACAUUAAUCCGUUAUUUGGAGACUUAGAAACUUUCGUUAAACUUGUAAAUGAAAUACAUACUCGUGGACUGAAAAUUGUGCUGGAUUAUGUACCAAAUCAUACCAGCGAUCAGCACGACUGGUUUAAAAAAUCAGAAAAUGGAGAAGAAGGAUAUAAAGAUUAUUUUGUUUGGGUCGAUGGGAAAAACGGAGAUAAGACUGAACCUCCAAAUAAUUGGCUCAGUGUCUUUAAAUAUUCAGCGUGGGAAUGGAGUGACAAACGAAAGCAAUUUUAUCUACACCAAUUCUUCAAGCAACAGCCAGAUCUUAACUUUUAUAGUGAUCAAGUCCGGAAAGAAAUGAAGGAUAUUCUAAAUUACUGGUUGGAAGAAUACGGUGUGGAUGGAAUAAGAAUAGAUUCUGUUCCUUACUUAGUUGAAGACAACACUUGGCCAGAUGAACCAAGAUCAUUUGAUCCAAACGCAUCCGAAAAUGAAUAUGAAUAUUUGGAUCACAUAUAUUCACGAAAUCAAAACGAAAGCUUUAAUAUAAUCUACGAUUGGAGAAAUACAAAGUCUACAUACAAAAAUAAAAGAGUAUGCAUGACAGAAGCUGUGGUUGACCUGAAACACAUAAUACCAUAUUACGGUACAUCUGAUGGUUCAAAAUUGGGUGCUCAUUUCUCAUUUAAUUUCAUCUUGCUUGUGUUGAACACUACUUCCACAGCAAGUGACCUUUCUAACUUGAUAAACUUAUGGAUGGAUAGUCUCCCUAAAAUAUACACAUCUAAUUGGGUGCUAGGAAAUCAUGAUCAACACAGGAUCGCUACAAAAGUCGGCACAGAAAAAGUGGAUGGUUUAAAUAUGUUAAUGGCUUUCCUUCCUGGCAUUCAAGUCACGUACAACGGAGAAGAAAUUGGAAUGGAAAACGGAGACGUAGACUGCGAAACACAAGGUCUAGAUCACGCUGAAAACUGCACAGAUUAUUACAGAAUCUCCAGAGAUUUCCAACGGACCCCAUUCCAAUGGGACAGUAGUGAGUUUGCAGGAUUUACCGAUGGAAAUAAAACAUGGUUACCUGUCAGUGAUAAAAAGGCAGGAUGCAAUGUGGCAGAUCAACUUAAUGAUGAAAGAAGUCAUUUAAAUAUAUAUAAAAAACUUCAAAGGCUGCGACCCCAAUGGCGACAAAGUGAACACGAAAUAAAAACUUUGGAUGAUUCAAACAAUAUAAUUCAAGCUGUUCGGUAUAACAAAGACGGAUCUAAUGAAGUACAAUUUGUAUUUAACUUUGGAUCUGAACCGCUUGAAGGUAUCGAUCUGAAUAGAGGAAAAGUCUUACGAAGUAGUUAUAAGCAGUGGUAACUCACCAAGGAAUUCUGGAGAUGUAGUCGAUGGAAAAUCCUUAACUUUCGAAUGGAAAUGAGGCAUUGAUAUUAAAACCAAAAAGCGGAUGAAUUACAAUAUGUUUAAUUACCACACAUACAUAUUUAUUCUAUUCUUUUUAAAUUUAGUUUAAAAAUUAAGAAAACAUGCACAAAUAACAAUAUUAAGCCAAAUUGAUGUUAUUAAAAUGAUAUUUUAUAUUUUUUAUAUGUGUAUUAGGUAUAUAAAUACAAUAUUUUUACUGGCU